CAUGACAGUCGCGCGUCGCUCGUGUUUUUUCACUCAUGUGCUCAAUUGCGUUCAAUUAUUUUUUUUCUGUUCAAUAAUAAAUUUUGAAUGAAAAGUAUUGUUUUGUAAAUCAGUGUUUUAUUAUUAUUUACUUAACCCCCCCCCCCCAACAAUUGAGAAACGCCGCUUUACCGUAUACAUUAUCAAUAGCAAAUCUAUAAUUACCUAUAUUGUUCUCUACUUAAUAAUUAAUAAUACAUUUUGUUAUAAUAGAUGAUACUUUAAUAUCAAACGACGAGUUAAAUCAAAUUCAAAUGUCUAAUGACAGACACGCGAUCAACAGCGAUCGACAAAAUUCUUCAAUCCUAUUAAAUGUCUUAAACGAUUUGGAGUAUGAAAACAUCUAUAAUCUGUCGUAUACUCAACCUCGUCGGCCAAAUAAUGUGGCACAAACAUCAUCUAGAAUUAUCGUUUCCACCCCACAAGCCACAGUUGUACCGUCGAGUUCUAGUUUAAAUUACGCGGAGCUUAGUACGUCUAACUUUGCUUCGUUUCCAAGAUUUCCGCCCGACGAUCCACCGCCUUCAUACGAAGAGUGCAUGGCGAGUUCAUGGUGUGCAACAUCUCGCUAAAUCCAUUCAUACUGAUGAUAUGAUAAAAAUAGAUCGAAUUUUUUCAUACAAUAUAUCAUCCGAAUGCGAAAUUGUAUGCCAGACAUAUUGCCAACAGAGAAUUAUCACGGAGGAUGUAUAGAAAAAUAACCUUUAAUUGACUGCUUCUGACUUCGACAAUGAAAGAAGAAAAUAUUUUUGCAUUGCUGUAUAUACUAACUAUUUUUUUAUUUUUUUUUGUGUGUUUUUGGCGAACAUGCCAUACUACAGAUGAUACUUUAAUAUCAAACGACGAGUUAAAUCAAAUUCAAAUGUCUAAUGACAGACACGCGAUCAACAGCAAUCGACAAAAUUCCUCAAUCCCAUUAAAUGUCUUAAACGAUUUGGAAUAUGAAAACAUCUAUAAUCCGUCGUAUGCUCAACCUCGGCAGCCACAUAAUGCUGCACAAUCGUCUAGAAUUAACGUUUCCACUCCACAAGCCACAACUGUACCAUUGAGUUCUAGUUUAAAUUACGCGGAGCUUAAUACAUCUAAUUUCGCUUCGUUUUCAAGAUUUCUGCUCGACGAUCCACCGCCUUCAUACGAAGAGUGCAUGGCGAGGUCAUGUCCAACAUCUCGCUUUAUCCAUUCAUAUUGAUUAUAUGAUACAAAGAGAUCGAGAUUUUUCAUACAAUACAUCAUCCGAAUGCGAAAUUGUAUGCAUUGAGAUUUUAUAAUUCGCUAUUUGGACUUUGAUGCCUAUUAUACCAUAGUAUUAAAUAAUAAUACUGAAUCGUACUGUAGAAUGUCAUUUAUGUUACGCGUACCUCUAUCUAUGCCAAAUGUAUAUAUAAUAUUUAUUUAUUGAACUUUACAAAGGUUUAAUGUUGAUUUUUGUAAUUUAAUAUUUAACAAGAAUAUAAUUCAUGUAUUCAACAUACUUAGAAUA